AUGCCAUCCCUGUGUAUUAUUUCUGUUUACGGUGACAGCUUUCGUAACCAUACUCUGAAGGCGGAUGUCGAUGGCUUUUUGCUUGAAGAUUUAAAUAUGACAGCACAAAAUCAUGAUGAGAACGCUCCUCUUUUAGGAGAUGUUAGUGAUAACUUUUCUCCUGAUUCAUAUUCACCACUUGUAAACGAAAUACAUAACGAUUCAGACUUCAAAAAUGUUUUACAAAGUGCUCUUCAAGCUAUUGAGUCUGGAAUAUUGCCCGAGAGAAUUUAUCAAGGGUCAAGUGGAAGUUACUUUGUUAAGAAUGCUAAUGGAGAGAAAAUUGCAGUAUUCAAACCGAAGGAUGAAGAGCCCUAUGGCAAGCUUAACCCGAAAUGGACCAAAUGGAUGCAUAAACACUGCUGCCCUUGCUGUUUUGGUCGAUCAUGUUUGGUUCCAAAUCAAGGUUACCUUUCAGAGGCUGGUGCCAGUCUUGUAGAUCAGAGACUACGGCUCAAUAUUGUUCCUAGAACAAGAGUUGUUCGUUUAGUAAGCGAAAGCUUCAACUACAGCACAGUUGAUCGCGCAAAAUCUAGGACUAAACAACACUUUGCUUCACGGUUCCCCGAGUUAGGUCGUCAUUUCAACCGUCUUGGGCUUCCUCCAAAAAUUGGAUCUUUCCAGAUUUUUGUUUCUGGUUGUCGAGAUGCUGACUAUUGGCUUCGUCAUUUCGAUAAUGAAUCACUUCCUAAGCCUACAGCUUCAGAAUUCCGAUUUCAGUUUGAAAAACUUGUUAUACUUGAUUAUCUAAUUCGGAAUACAGAUCGUGGGAAUGAUAACUGGCUUAUUCGUUAUCAAAGUUCAGAACUGAAGGAAGAUACAGAUGAGACCAAUAAAGAUGAUUGGGGUGUUGUUGAUAUGCCAAAAAUAGAAUUAUUUGCAAUCGAUAACGGUUUGUCUUUUCCAUUCAAACACCCAGAUGAAUGGAGAGCAUAUCCUUUCUAUUGGGCUUGGCUUCCUAUGGCUAAAGAGCCAUUUUCAGAUGCGAUUAAAGAAGCUGUUCUUCCAUUAUUAUCUGACAUGCACUUCAUCAAUAGUCUAGUUCGUGAUCUUCAUAAUUUGUUCAAAGUGGAUCCAGGUUUCGACUUAUCUACUUUUCAUAAACAAAUGUCCGUUUUACGUGGUCAGGUUGUGAAUUUAGUCGCAGCUCUACGGGAUUCAAAAAGCCCGUACGAUCUUGUACGAAUGCCAGUACUAACUUUAGAGUUGUCCACUAAAAAGCGUUCUACAAGACAUAAUUGGCCACAUCGACGGUUAGCAGCUGGUUUCGCUCAAAAUGAAAAUGUACCUGAAAUUUCUACAUAUCGCAAUAAUUAUAAUAAUCUUACAAUUGAUGUCAAUCCUACAAAUAGUGUACAGACUAAUCAAGAUUCAGUAUUCACUGAAAAUCAGACAAAUAACUUAGUCGAUUGUGAUAAUAUAAUAAAUCUUGAUAGCUGUCAACCAGAUGUAAAUUCAAGACAUACACAUGAGAUUGAUAUUGUUUCUACUGCUACUGGUAGUGGAGGUGUUAAUGACGAUGAUGAUGAUGCAUUGGAGCAUGGACUAGUUGCUUUACCAACUUUUAGAAGUAAACAAAUUAUGUUGAAUAAUAAUAAUGACAGUAAACAGACUGAAGUGGAUCUAGCCGACAGUGCUGGUGAUGA